AUGUCAAUUGACUUAGAGAUUUUCAUGACCGACUCAGAAUUCGCUUUAAUAUCCACGCUAAAGCAUGAGGGUGAAGAAAGUCUGAACUGUGUGCCAACUAGAUUUGAGAGGGUUAAGGUUACAGAGGUGGAGUUAACGAGAAGUAUGAAAAGCCGGCAGGUCAAAGCAUUCACUGCCGAAAGCAUACGACAGGACCUGAUGGAUCUCAUUGAACGACAAGUUAAACCUUGGAUGGAAACAUGUCAAGAGCAGGGUGCAUACCACCAAAACUGCACGAAGAAGAAGAACACGGCAAAUCUUCCAACCCGGCUCGUGGAUGUUGGUCAAAUCGAUGAUGAUAUGGUAAAACUGGUGGAUGUCAAGAGCAAUGGAGAUGCUGAGGAUUUUACCUAUCUAAUUCGUAGCUAUUGUUGGGGAAAUGGCAACGCAAACUCCUCGACAACCGAAAAGAACGUGGCGAGGCGAUCGCAAGGUUUUACUAUAUCGGUCCUCCCAAAGACUAUUCGAGAUGCAAUCCUCCUCACUAGGAUGAUGGGAUUCCGCUAUUUGUGGGUUGACGCAAUUUGCAUCAUUCAAGGACCAAGUGGUGAUUUCCAUGCCGAGGCACCAAAAAUGGGAGAUUACUAUUCUGAGUCGGCUUGCUGUAUCGCUGCAUCAAGCUCGGCUGAUAGUUCUGAAGGAUUUCUGAUAGAACGCGCAGUUGCAAAAUAUCCUAUGACACACACCGAUGCCAAGAUACCAUGGCAAGAUCUGGAGUGGAUCGAAGACGUAACAUCACGGGUGAUAUUCGGGAUGCCGGAUACAACCAUCCUUUUAUUUGAGGGAUGGUAUCGACUUGUUACUCUCUUCUCUCAUACGCAGCUGACCUACGAGAAGGAUCGACUAUAUGCUAUUCAUGGACUUGCUUCCGUACUAAUCCGACGUACAAAGUCCGAGUACUCUAAUGGUGUCUUUCAAAGAAGCCUAGCUCAAGGCCUUCUAUGGUAUCACGGUAGUCGUCCAGGAAAGUACACUAGAGACGAGAACUCUCAUCUACCAUCGUGGCGUUGGGCAUACGUGUGUCCCGUGGAUUUCGUAAACAUCUAUCAGGCGCCAAUCUACAUCAGAGAUGAUCACCCGCAGCGGCCUCUAAAUUAUCCUACGACCGUCAAGGAUCUGAGCACGGUGGAAGGUUCAGUGUCAAGGCUAUAUAUCAGAGCCCAUAUCAUCCAACUUACUGUUGAGAAGAAGGAGGCAGCGAGGCUUACUACCUCAUAG